GCCCGAGACGACAAGUCAAAGAACUACAACCAACCGCGUCCGCAUUUUGCCACUUCACUCCAACUGCCUUGCAAAGUGAUUGUUAACGUGUAACUUUAUACUAACAAAUAUUGCAAAGUUGUGUCGUAAAUUUUAUGAGUAAAAUUACGCUGUUUUUAAAGCAUGCAUAGCUGACAAAUAAAGUAGGGAACAUUUUUAGCUUCAAAUGGAUAUUAGUGCUGAACUUCUCAAUGAAGAAGAUAUUGAAGAUGGAGAGAUUUUUGAAGAGGAGGAGCCUGGUGAAGCUAAAAGUUCACCUACACCGAUUCCGGCAGAAAAAUUGAAGCCUAUCGUUCAGCCUGCAGAAGUGGUUUCUCCCGUGAUUAAGAAACCAGAAGAGGUUGUCAAGAACCACAAAGUCUUUGAGAAUGAAAAACCCCCUCGGGAACAGAAUGUUCCGUUCUUCAAUAGAGGAAAGAGGAAACACUUUGAAGAUGAAGAGGAAAAUCGUUGGAAAAGAGAUGGAAAGAGGAAUCGAAGGAGCCAUGACCUGGAGCGGGAUGGAGAGAUGGGAAAGACUAGGCAUGAAGGGGAAGGUGGUGAAGACGACGAAGAAAUGAUGUUUGUACGAGGAGCUUCACCACACCGAGACGAGGACAUGGAGAAGUGCGAGAGAGAUGGUGAGGAUGAUGAAAGAGGAGACAUCCCUCGUAGGCCGAGGACCUUCAGAGGGAGAGGGGGAGGGAUAAGGAGGGGGGACAGACAAAGAGGUCGUGGAAGGGGUGGUAGAGGAAGUCUUCGAGGUAACCAGAGAAAGAGGGAAGAAAUGGAGAUGUGUCACUUUUUCCUGCAAGGAAAAUGCCAUAGAGGUUCAGACUGCCCCUACGCUCAUGAGAUCCGACCACCACGGAAGACAGAACUCUGCAAGUUCUACAUGAAAGAUUGCUGUGCCAAAAAAGAAAAGUGUUUGUACAUGCACAGCGAAUUCCCGUGUAGAUUCUAUCAUACUGGACUCAAAUGUUACGCCAAGAAAAAGUGCAAGUUCAGCCAUGGACCGCUCACCGACCAGUUGACUAAGAUUUUGGCCAACCAUCUGGAGUGUGCUCCGAAAGAUAUCCUGGGAGAUUUCCCACGCAGAGACAGAGAGAGGGAAAUGCGGGACGGUCGUGGAGACCUGCGGGACAUGAGACACGAUGGACACGACCCACGGGACCGUGACAUGCGGGAUAUGAGAGACAUGAGAGAUAUGCGAGACAUGAGAGAUGGAAGAGAAAUGAGAGAUGGAAGAGAAAUGAGAGAUGGAAGGGAAAUGAGAGAUGGAAGAGAAAUAAGAGAUAUGCGAGACAUGAGGGACAUGCGAGACAUACGGGGAGACUUCAUGAGAGGAAAGGGGGACAGAGAUAGGAAGAUACCUUCACUGUUUGACAUCAAAGUCACCAUUCCAGAAGAUAUAAGGAACUCAGAUGGAAACCACACUCCUAUGCCAUCACCCACUCAACGGAGUCAAGAUUCCACUAGGUCUAGUGAACGAGACAGAGAAAUAUUCUCACCUCACAAGCAGGAUAGAGAACGGGAAAGGGAUAAGGAACGAGAUCCUGAUAAACACAAACAUGACAAACAUGAAAAGCAUGAAAAAUCAGAAAAGACAGAAAAGUCAAAGGAGGAAAGGAAAGAAGAGAGAAAAGAAAGGAAAGCCAAGAGAGAGAAGGCAAGAGAACACAGAAAAGAGCGGCGGGAAAGAAAGGAAAGAGAAAAAGUGAAGAAAAGAGAGCGUCACGAUUCCAUGGGUGAAAAUAGUGAACAAGACCAACAUAGUAUUCAGAAAGUGUCAGAAAUCAUGUCUCCAAAUCAAUCUGAUGCCGACAGAAGAAGCAGCAUUGAAGGUCCCAUAAUGAUGCCAACCGAGAAACAACCUGAAGACUCUGACAAACGAUCUGUAUUUGCAUCCGUAGCGGACGACAAUGGACACACCCUUCAACAUCUUCCGAAGAAGCAGCGGGAACUGUUCCUGAGGAUACAACAACAGCAAAGGGAGGCGGAGAGUAGUCAGGCGAGCGCAAAUGACGAGGAUGAUGAAGAUAAUAAAAUGGCAGAGGAGAAUUGGUACUCGAGUGAUGAAGAGACACCCAGUAGUGCCAACCCCCCAGCUACCACUGCUAGUAUGAACCCUCUGUCUUCUAUUUUACAAGGCCUCACUACAGGGGCCAGCAGUAGUGCCACUACGACCAAAGCCACAACUACCAGCUCUACAGUUGGCGAUCCUGUCUCUCUCCUCAACAUGCUGGCUUCUGCGUCAGCUGCGGCAAAACCACUUGAUGUUCCCAACCCUCCAGCCCCUACUGUGUCAUUCAUACCUCCGCAGUUGGACUUUUCAAACAUGCAGUCGGUGAUCGAAGCACUUACUAACCUACAGAAGAUGAGCUCAGCUCAGAAACAAGCUGAACAACAACAACAACAACAACCCUCAACACCAACAUCUACAGAACCUGUGGUUGAGACAGUCAGACAUGAUGAACCUGCCAAACCGGAACCGGCCAGGGUGAGAGAUCCUAGGCUGUCCAGGCUGGAGGGAGGAGAUGUGGACUUGAGACAGAAGGUGAGACCACCACGGGUGGAGUCUCCGCAGCAAGAUGUGGAUCUCCGCAGUCUGCCAUUCAAGCCUGUGCAGCACACUGCAGCAAGUGAGAUUGAUGCAUCUCUAGCCUCUCACUCUGCGAUCACUUGGAAUCUGGUUCCUGCUGACAUCAUCAAGGCAGACUACACAAACUUGCAGAUCCAACCGAGGCCUGGAGUUAACGACCCACGCCUCCGCAGGAUCGCUCGUCCCCCCACAGAUGACCUAGGUCUUCCCCGCGACCCCCGCCAGAGACUGAUGGAUGACCCCGUGCCGGCCCCUGCGCCAGUGAGGGACCCACGUGCCCGUGGCCCACUGCUGGCCACCCCUGCCAUGCCUCCACUUGGGCCUCCCCCCACUCCUCGGUAUGAUGAGGACCACCGGCCACAGUUCUACCGUAUGGACAGUGACAUGCGUCAGUUCCCCCCACCCACUCCUCGGAUGGAUGAAGAAGUCUACACACCGGGUCCGAGCCGUCCUGUCGACCCCCGUCGCAAACAGUUCGCCCCCCGCCCUGACGACAUAGACCUACGCCCAAUAGCGCAAAGAGUUCCUUUUGUCAAUUUCAAAUGAACUUGAAACUGCCACUUUGGACUUUAAAGUAUUCUCAGUGCUGUGGAUAUUCCAAAGCUGUAUUUUCAUCAGUAUCAUCUGUGGAGGUUAUAUCUUGUUUAGUUUAUCUAUUCUUUGUCUAAUGUUAAUUUAUUUAGCUCAUUUAAAUUUAAAACGAUGGUUAUACUAAGCCAUGUAAAAAGCUCACUGUAUUCAUGUAUUAUAAUUUUCCUAUAGUUAUGUUUUAAUUUAAUCUGUAUAUAUGGAUGAAUAAAUGUACAUAAUAAUUUUAAUGUAUAAUGACUGGAGACUGUAUACACAUGUUACCUUGCUUGCUGGAACGCUAUGGUACUGUAUAUGUAAGUUUUUAUACAUAAUUAAAUAUUUUUAUUUCAUAAA